AUCGCCCCGCAACACGGACAAGGCAUCAACUAGUUACGUUACAUUACAGUAUAAAUAAUAAUUAAAAAAAAGAUAGAAAUAAUUGAAGGGGGGCAAUAAAAAUAUAAAAAAAUACCAUCAUCAGCUUAUAUAUAUCCAAUGAUAGUAAUACACCCCGACAAGUCGACGAACAAGCACAAUUUACAAUGUUUUCCCCCGUAUCUAAUCCGAACUCUCUCCGCCUCCGACCACCGCCGCUACAACACACCUUCCCUGCGGCUCUGCCGUCGCCAAGGUCACCCAACAUCCGUAAUUCACCUCGUACAUCACCUAUCUCGGCCACCGGUGACACCACGUGCUAUGUUCCCUCACCCAUGGCGGUCAUGUCGCCACCGUCGUCUUUAUACGGAAUUCUUGGAAUUUCGAUGGAGGCUACCGGAAGUGAGAUCAAAACGGCGUACCGGCGGCUCGCCAGGACGUCACACCCGGAUGUGAAUGACUCAUCCGGUGAGGAGUUUAUGAAAAUCCACGCCGCGUAUUCCACCCUAUCGGAUCCCGAUAAGCGGGCAGAUUACGACCGGAGGAUCUUCCGGACGAGCCGGUCUCGAACGUAUUCGAGUGGUGGACCGACCCCGUUGUACAACGGGUUUAACGGUUAUAGUGGCCGAAACUGGGAGACAGAUCAGUGCUGGUGACCCUACUCUUUGGAGAUCGAAGUAUCGUGUAUAAAAUAUUAAAAUAUGAUAUGAUAUAAUAUAAUAUAUAAUUAAAUUAGAAUUCACUAAUUAUUUGAUUAAUAAAGUGAUCAUUAGGAUAUAUCGAAUGUGAAGCUCACAUAUUAAUACUACUUUAUCUUGUCUAA